CAACGUUACGUUCAGUCCGGCUAUUAUUGACUACCGUGGUACAAGUACGAAAAUCUGCAGGUGACUUGGACGUUCUAGGACCAUUAUGCCAAUAGCACACAAGGACGCGGAAAAAAUACGAGCUCAUAUGGACUACAUUAUUGAUAAUUUUGAUGUAACAGAAUUUCAGAGUAAAUUGGUAGGACAAGGACUGAAGCUUCCUGAUGUUGACGUGCUUAAUCGGGAGAAAGUGAUUCGUGAGAAAAACAGAAAAUGUCUUAAAUAUCUAAUUAAUUCUGAAAAUGCAGAUUAUCAAGUGUUAAUUGAUCUUCUGAGGAGGCAUAAUUAUACCGAAGUUGUGGCAAAACUCGAAAGUGGACUGCAACCCGAGAAAGCAACGUGUAAAGCAGGCAGUACAGUUCCAAGUAUCCAUGUACCGGAAAACAAACGCCAUAUAUGUCUGACUGAGAAACACCUGGUGCGCUUGUUCAAACCAGUUUCUGUUAAGGACAAGCUAGCGUGGGCUACCUGUUUAGGUGUACCGCAGCGGGAAGUAGAAGCCAUAGAAAUGGACAAUCGGUUCAGCACCGACACACAAAUGUUCAAAAUUUUGAUUUGUUGGAGGAAAAGACCCGAUUGCACACUUGGUGUACUUAUGGACUUAUACAAUUACUCGGUGGAAAAUGGCGUAGAAAUAGACACAGAAGCUUUGCAAGGUAUUAUUGAUAACAUACGUUAGCAGGAUAACAGACAAAGUAUUGAUGAUUGGUCGCUGGUAUUGGAGAGCGCGGUCCUCGUUUCUCAUGGAUUCCAUGUUCAUGUCUUUUAUCACUGUACAUAAACAAACAAAAUCAAUCAAUCAAUAAAUGAAUAAAAACGGGGAAUUCCCUCGCACCAAACAACCACUUUGACUUUUAGAAAAUGUUUCGAAUGUUUGUUUGAAUUCUGGAGGUCAAUAAGUGUUUAACAGCCAGUUUGAACCCUAGUUGUAUAAAAAAAACCCAUUUAUUAUGAAGUAUGACCUUCAAAGGUAACUUAGACCUACAAAUGCAUGUCUGGAAAUUCUUUCUAGAAUGCUGCCGGUGUCAAAGAAAAUACUGUGACCGUGAAAUACCGUGUUGAGUCUUUACUUAAGUCUUACGAGCUUGCAUGAU